AUGAAUUAUGAGCAUCGUUCAUUAUUGGAAAUUGAUAAUUAGUAAUAAGAAUUGAUGAAAUAAAAUGAAAUUCAUAAUCAAUAAUAAAUAAACUUUUAAUAAGAAGAAGAAGAUCCAUCUAUUAAAUUGAAAGACAUUCAUAAAGAAUAUCGUAAAAACUAAGCAUUUAGUAAUUUUAUAAAAUAUCAUGUUCCACUAUUUUCUUAAGGAGAUAAGGGUGUUACAAUUAAAAUGAUCAACCAUAAUAUUUAAGAAUAAAAUUAAGAUAACAAUUAAUUAAGUAAAGUUAAAUAAGUUCAAUUUAAUCUUCAAAAUAAUUAUCUUCAUUUAAUAGUGAAGCAUCCUAGUGAAUAUUUAACAUUAAAUGAGAAAUUUAAUUUAUAGAGAAGUAUUUAACAAUAUGCAAUGCAAAAUAGAUUUGAUUCUACUUCAGAAGAAGAUGAUGAUGAUGUUGAGGAUUAACAUUCUAUUAUUGAAGUAGUAGUCAAAGAAUUAACCUAAUAACCAAAAAGUAUUUUAAAGAAAUAGCCUAAGGAAUUUAAACAUGAAACAGAUGAUGAGGAAGAUUAUUAUUAAAAUAAAGGAUUAAGUUAUAAAGAAAUAAGAAAUUUAGAAAAGAAGGUUAAAGAACAUGAUUAUGGUGUAGGAUUAGAAUUACUUUAAAAAUUAGGAUUUAAAUAUGGUGAAGGUUUAGGAAUAAAUAGAUAAGGAAUUUUAGAACCUGUAAUUCCUGUUAAAAAGUAAGUAUUUACAGGAAUUUAAUUAAAUAAAAAUAAAAAUAAUGAAGAAGAUUAGGUAUGGUUAUAUGAUAAUCCAAAUGAAACUAAGAAUAUAAAAAAAGUAGAUAAAAUAUGGAGAAAAAGAAAUUAAAAUGAUAAUUAAUUAAACUUAUCAUAAUUCAAUUAAAUAAAUUCUAAAGAUAACAUUAUUUAAGAAUAUUUGAAUGAAGUAAAAGAAUUGACUUAAUCAGUCUAACAUUUAUUAUAUACUAAAUUAAGUAAAUAUGAAAUUGAUGAAUAAUUAUUUGAAUAAAAAAGAAAUUAAAAAAAUAAAUUAGAAAUUGAAAAGGAAAGAGCAAUUAAUAAUUUAGAAAAGCAAAAAGAAACCAUAAGAAAAAAAGAAUCAUUUUAAAAAUAUCUUCUCUUUUUUUAAGAUGAUGAAGUCUAAAUAUCUAAUGAACCUUUUCCUUUAUAUGAAAAAUUUUUAGAAUGCUUUAUUAAACAUCCUGAUUUAUUCAUUUAAUUUAAUUUGAUUGAUGUAUUAAUUAAAUAAGGAAUAGAAGAAAUUAUAAAAAAGAUUUAAAAUUGGGAAGGACCAUAAAUAGAUAUAUUAGAAAAUGAAUUUAAAUUCAUUAAUAAAAUUGUAAAUUUAGUAAAAGAUGUUUUCAUUUAAUAAAAAUCAUUAACUACUACUUCAAAUCAUUAACAUUCUGAAAUUCUUAUUAUUGAUAACUUAAUCUCAUCAAAAGAUUUCCAAAAUCUAUAAACUAUUAUUGAUAUACUCAUUAAUCCAAUCAUAUCAAAAUUAAUAAAUUAUAUAUGUUAAAAAUAUGAUCCAUGUUAAGAUAAUUUAUUAUUAGAAAUGCUUAAAUUAUGGACUAUUGAUAUAUCAUCAAUAGAAAUUGAAGAAAUACAAAGUUAAAAAUUGGAAAAACUUAAAUUGUUAAAUGCAAUAACUAUUUAAAACAUUAUUAAUCUCCUUAUUCCUAAAUUAUUAUAAACAAUAUCUAAUUGGAGUACAAAUGAUUCAUUUUAACUACAUAAAGUUAUACUUCCUUGGAUUUAUUCAUAGUUUAACAACCAAGAACUUUCAGAUUAAUUGAUUUAAAAAUUAUUUAAUAUUGAUCUAGACAAUUAACCUGAUUUCGGUUUAAGUAUACUAUCCCCUUUUUCUAUAGUUUAUCAAAAUUAAUGGAAUCAAAUUCUAGAAAAAUAAGUAAUACCAAAAAUUAUUAGUUAUAUAUCAAAUAUAGAUUAAACAUCUAAUUUUGAUAUUAUUUAGAGAAUUCUUUUUUAUUUUGAAUACAUUCAAGAUUAUGCUGAAAUCAUAUUUGAACCUCUAAUUGAUAAAAUAAAUUAAUCUGUAUGUUCAAGAAUGUAAGAAGAUGUCUCUAGUAGAGAUUCAGGAUUUUAUCAAUUAAUUUUAUAGUAUAAAAUAUUAAUUAUCUAAUUAGGUGGCUGAAUUAAUGGGAAUUGAUCCUUUAAGAAAAAGUAUUGAGUAAAUGUAAUCGUCUGUCUGUAAAAUUUAAUUUGAUCAAAGAGAAGUUAAUCUAAUGA